CGCCACUCCAUCAACAUCACGAUAAAAUAAAAACAACACCGUCUCUCCAUUUCCGUUGAUUGCCUAGUUACAGGUCAUAGCCAAUAUUUUGAGGCUGCAUUGCAACGUUCUUUACGUGUGCGGAGUUUGGGUUCAUUUCGCGUCAAUCGCUAGUUUUCAACUUCAACCACCGCCAAAAUACCACCGUUGACUGGUCAGCAACAGCCCACCUCUAAAAACGUCAUGAUCUCUACCAAAAAGACAGGCUCGCCACAGACCCGUAAACAGGCUGUGGCUGAAGCCUCUUCCUCUAGAGUCGUCCCAAAGCCUGUGCCAGAAUCGCAGGCCCAGGACCCUAGGACAUAUCAGAUCGACCAGCUGCGGCGACGCUAUUCGCCAAAGGAAAUCACCGCACCGGACGGUGCGACUUCAUUGCUGUUCAAGAUUAAGCCCUCGGAUCCUGACUUUCCAUUUGAGCUGGCUGCCCUCGAGUGUGAUCUCCGUGUCCCGCAGGCAUAUCCGGAUGAGAAGCCGGUGUUGCAUGUGAAAAACAAGGACAUCCCAAGGGGUUUUGGUAUCAAUAUAGAGAGAGGAUGGGAUGGACUCGUGGAGGAGAGACCUGGGGCUACGUUGCUCGCUCACACACGAGAGUUGGACAAGAAUUUGGAAAAGUUUCUGUCUGAGCAAAAGGCCGAGACAGUCAAGCUCGUGACUUUUAGAGACACGAGGCAUGUGGAGGCACAAAAGCCUCAAGCAAAUGAGCCAGUACAGUCCAAGCAGGUCUCUGAGCCAACUCCGCCAAAACCUGCCCCCACGCCCUUCAAGUACGUCCCAGAGCCGUCGUACACAAGAGAUGAAAUCGCCGCUGCAAAGGAGCGACGUGCUCUUGAGAUUCGUCAGCUCGAGGCGCGUAUGAAGAGGACACCCGAGUAUCGCCGUUCUCCUGACGGCGUCGUGUACACGCUGCCGUUGCAACCACUGAAGCGCUCGGAGCUUCCGCCAGGACUGCAAUCUGUCAGGAGUCUUCACCUGAUUAUUCCGUUGAUAUAUCCCCUGCAGAACCUCCGCAUUCAGCUGAAUAAUGUCGAGCCUGAAGUUGCAGAGCCUGUGGAGGACCUAUUCUGCGAAAAAGCAGCUGGGCAACAGCAAAUGUCUCUCAUGAGUCAUCUCAACUAUCUUGCACAAAACAUCCACAAACUGGCGAAGCAAGCACAGGCACAUGUACCCAAGGUCGAGCCAGCAGUACUAGUACCUGAAGAUCAACCCCAAGAUGCAAAGGAAACAGCGUCAAAGUCCGAAGAUAGUCAUAUUCAGGUGAUCCCACGACCCCCUGAGUGGAACCACGUCGAUGGAGACGAAUCUGAAGACAGCUCCAGCUCUGAUGAUGCUGAUGAAGGCGGUGCUGUAUUAGAGAAUGAGAAGGAACCACAGGUCGCCAUGCCAGGUGAAACCCCUGAGCGUGGUACCAUGCUGUCGUUUCCGUCUAUUGAGUUGCACGGUAUUGAAAUACUUCAGCUCUCCAUCUUGGGUAUCAGUGUGAAGUGCGAACGAUGCAAGACAGUCAACGAGGUCACGGGCCUGAAGCCUGACGUCGAGAAGACGUCGAGCUGUAAGAAAUGUGCAACGCCGUUUGCCGUCAAGUAUCGACCUACGCUGGUUCAUGAGCAUUCUACUAGGGCUGGAUUCCUUGAUCUUGCUGGAUGCAAAGUGGCAGAUAUGCUUCCCAGCACAUUUGUCCCAAUCUGCGAGAGAUGCUCUACGCCAGCUCCUGGUCUUGUCUCAGUACGGGGCUCAUCUGUCACCAAUGUUUGCCGAGAUUGCCAUGGUCAUUUCACUUUCAAGAUCCCCGAAGUCAAGUUCCUCUUCAUCACACCUGGUUCGCGUCCUCCACCUACCGCAGGGCAGCGGCGGAAGCAGGAGAAGCUGGGCAUUCACGCGGGAGAGCAGCUCCCCAACAAGGGCGCAUGCUCGCACUACCGAAAGUCCUACCGAUGGUUCCGUUUCUCAUGCUGCAGCCGGGUUCAUCCCUGUGACAAGUGCCAUGAUGAUCAGGAAGAUCAUAUCAACGAAUGGGCCAACCGUAUCAUCUGCGGCUGGUGCAGUCGCGAGCAAAACUAUUCUUCAGCAGUUGAGGCGUGUAGAUACUGCGGCCGAUACCUGAUAGGCAGAAAGGGCCGGGGAUUCUGGGAAGGCGGGAAAGGCACUCGCGAUAGGAGAAUGAUGAGUCGGAAGGAUCCGAGAAAGUACAAGAGGAUUGGUGGUUCGGCAGCUAAAGACAAAGAGACCUAGAACAGGCCUUGGUUGGCGGUUCUUUGUCACAGCUGAGAGGCGCCAGGCUGAAGCUUUCUUAGUGAGUGUACAAGUAUGUACUGUAUAUUAGCUGUCAGGUUGUAUGUAACCCUAGAUCAGCUGAACGAUAAUGCUCAUUGCCACUGGUCAUCUAUACCUUUCUCAGCGGUUACGAGCCGCCAGUAUUUACACUUGAUGUAGAUCUGUAACCAUGGCGAUAAUAGAAAAAGGUGGUCACCGUCUCGCAAAGAAGAGUACCCAAUCUUGGACAUGUGAAACGUGCAAAAGAGUGGGGGUUACGCGGCCCAUUUGUGUGCAUCCUGAAUCUAUUCCCGUCGGUAUCUCGCUGUAGCGACGAUAUGAUUUGAAGAUGCGGGAAUGGAGUGUCACAUUGAGUUACGAGGCGUUUGUGCAGGAGCAAAUGGCGGCAAUUGGUGGGGAGGUUGUGGUUGGUGAUUAUUAUUAUUAUGCUGAGGAGAAACAAAUGGCUGAGAAUAAAGAAUAAAUAGGCAAAUGAGAUGUGAGGAUUAAAUUGAUGCCUAGUAAUUGGUUCCUGUUACAUCCAGUCGGAAUGGGUGGGAUGUGUGAUUGUAGUCAGCACGACGCUUAACGAAUACUUACAUACGAAUAUCUUGAUAAACUAGUAGAUACUUAUGAAGUAUGGGUAUUUGAGACGGGUCUUUCUUUUUAGCGACACGGCAGAUUUAUCGGGAGAUGUUGUUACGAAUAUAGAUCAAGUCAUUUGUCUUCUCUUGUGUUGUCUUGUGUGGUUGUUGCGUGUAUUCCUUUGACCUAUUCCGUAAAUGACAAUAGAUUGGCUGGUACUUCCAUAAAGAUCGUUCUGAUGGAUGUAAAUAUUGAUUGGAUGCAGAGUUUUCAGGGUGUGUAUUGAAUGAAGUCGUACUCAGCCGUUGGAUAUCACGCAAUUCUUCAUCACUCUGCCAUUACAUACUGCAUGGCAUGCGCUGUAAUGCUGCUGGAACUCACAUGCAUCCUGCGAACUACUGUUGGCAUGUGAAGCGAGAGAGUUUUCUCGGCGGUAUCGGACAAUAUAUUCGAGGCAUUGCUUAUGCUGGCGACAUCGGAUGUGAUGGAGGUUGAGACGUGACGUGCUGCGCGGGAUCCGUUGGGGUUGGGGAUGGAAACGUGGGAUGUGGUGAGAUAAUUUGAUAAGGUAGAUAAGAAGUGAAUGUCUUUCUGGAAACUGAAAUCAAGUCACGCGUGAAGAGAGAAGAAAUGUUAAACUUGUUUAGGGAUAGCAAGUCGUGUCUUGCUAAUGCUUAGGCUCUGAGCGUGACAAGACGACCAACGACCAACGGUAUGCAGGUACUGUAGCGCAAGGUGCCAAAGAACAUGGCCCACGAUUGAACAGCAACGAACCAAUGCCUAAGCCUUGUCAAAGCACAGUAAGUCGAGUUUGAAGCCAUCGCCAAAGAAAGUGAUUCGAUAACCAAGGCAAUGCUGUGGCGUACCAGUUUACCCCACAGUCCACUCUGAAUCAUGGAUGGACCCUUGUAAAAUGCAUCACAGGACGUGAUCUAGCUUUCUGGAGCUGAGGUGUAUUGAAACAAACACAGACUUGAUGCCCCUGACGCCUUGACUAGAGAGUGUGCUGUUUGCUUCACUUUCACUCCCCUUUCAUUAUUACUAUACUUGGCCGAGUAAUGAAAGAAUGAAAGAGGCGCCUGAAUGAUGACGGAUCAACGGACAGACGCGCCGGACCGUCGCUGGCGCCAUCACGGGACCUGGUUAUGGCUUGACGGGGAUGAGAUCCGUCGUUAGGUCAGUGUUUGUGAAACUAGAGAGAGUCAGCUGAGUUGAGGUCAGAUCAUGUCAGGGCAGAAUUCAAUGGUUUUGACUAUGGCUUAUGAGAGGUAUUUGGCACAAAGCUUCCAUUCAUGUCAGGCCCAGCCAAAUACUCACACCCUCUCUCUAAAUGAACAUUCCGUCUGUUCCCUUUGUCGAGUAGGUAUCACUUAACAAACAAAUGACCUUCAUAUGAAACGACUAAAUAUAUCAAUCAUCUCGGUCAACCUUGUUAGCAAAGUUUUUGACCACGGCGCCCCCGGAGACCAGACAGGCUCACACGUGCGCCAUGACCCCCAUCCUCCAAGGCUUGUUCGAGGCUUCAUCCCAUGUCUAUCAUGCCCUUUCGGGCUCCUCAUCUCAUUGUCCCUGUGCCAAGCAAACGUUCCCGACUCAGGCUUGCCCUCGCGGGUCUUCUUCCGGCGCCAUGGCGGGCCCCUGGACGUGACAGACAGGGGGGGUCUAAGCUCUUCUAGAAGGUCAAAGCAGGCAUGGCUGAUAUCGUGAGUUGAUGCCCAGUGGUGUAUUUAUUUUAUUAGACAAAUAAUAAUACUUCAUUCCAUUUUAUUAUUUUAACUAGUUGACUUGUUAAACGGUCGUUUAUUUCAUGGCUACUAAACGGUGACCGUUUACUUCAAGACCAGCCUUUUCCUUCUACUGUCUGCGUUAAUUAGGUACCUGUGGAUAAUGAUCGCAAUUGCUUCUGCCAUUGGCUUCUAGCUACAGACUCAACACCACAUCAUCCAUUCCUAUCUCACAGUGACUGAAUAUGGAACUCAACUGCUAUUCAGUUGUUGUACCGUUUCCCAACUAUUCGCCAUUAAAUCAAAACAUUAAAACUGUAGAUUCACCAUUGAAACCAAUUCGCGUCCCAGAACCCUUUAGCCUAAACUCAUCAUCCCGGGGUCGAUAAUUGCUUGUGUAUGACCCCCAAUAACCUCA